GGGGUUCCAUUCAUUUUGGGCCAAAAGGGAAUUUCCGCCCCAGCCCCCAAACUGUUGUAGUUCUGCGGACGCAGGGCGCGGGGAAGGCCGUGAGGAGUGAAGAGACCACCUGACUGAAGGCGGGCCUGGGGUGGAGGGCAGAUGAAGACAUGGACAGUUUUGCGCCUGGGAGCGUCUCAUGCCUGGAUGAAGUUUUGGGACUGCUUAGUGUGAUGGUCUGAGGGCACAAAAUAAAAUUCUGGAGCGAGUUAGAGUGAGGAUGUGGCAGACCAGUAUCAAGUGGGGGUCUAGGUGCCCAGUUACCCUGGGAGGCACAGAAUCAGCCUGCGUGCUUCGCGGGACUAAGGAGUGGGUGCAUAGGAUGGGAUUCUGGAGGCACAGACUGGGUAGAGUCUAGCCCCAGGAUGCUCCCCUUCGCCUCCUGCCUCCCCGGUUCACUACUGCUCUGGGCGCUGCUGCUGUUGCUCUUGGGGGCAGCGUCUCCCCAGGAUUCCGAGGAGCCGGACAGCUACACGGAAUGCACAGAUGGCUAUGAGUGGGACCCAGACAGUCAGCACUGCCGGGAUGUUAAUGAGUGCCUUACCAUCCCUGAGGCCUGCAAGGGAGAAAUGAAAUGCAUCAAUCACUACGGGGGCUACUUGUGCCUGCCCCGCUCAGCUGCUGUUAUUAAUGACCUACAUGGCGAGGGACCCCCUCCACCAGUGCCCCCUGCUCAACACCCCAACUCCUGCCCACCAGGCUAUGAGCCCGACGAACAGGAGAGCUGUGUGGAUGUGGAUGAGUGUGCCCAAGCUUUGCAUGACUGUCGGCCCAGCCAGGAUUGCCAUAACCUUCCUGGCUCCUACCAGUGUACCUGCCCUGAUGGCUACCGCAAGAUCGGGCCUGAGUGCGUGGACAUAGACGAGUGCCGCUACCGCUACUGUCAGCACCGCUGCGUGAACCUACCUGGCUCCUUUCGCUGCCAGUGCGAGCCGGGCUUCCAGCUGGGGCCCAACAACCGCUCCUGUGUGGAUGUGAACGAGUGUGACAUGGGGGCCCCGUGUGAGCAGCGCUGCUUCAAUUCCUAUGGGACUUUCCUGUGUCGCUGCCACCAGGGCUAUGAGCUGCACCGAGAUGGCUUCUCUUGCAGUGAUAUUGAUGAGUGCAGCUACUCCAGUUACCUGUGCCAGUACCGCUGUGUCAAUGAGCCAGGCCGCUUCUCGUGCCACUGCCCACAGGGCUACCAGCUGCUGGCCACACGCCUCUGCCAAGACAUUGAUGAGUGUGAGUCUGGAGCACAUCAGUGCUCUGAGGCCCAAACCUGUGUCAACUUCCAUGGGGGCUACCGUUGUGUGGACACCAACCGCUGUUUGGAGCCCUAUGUCCAGGUGUCAGACAACCGCUGCCUCUGUCCUGCCUCCAACCCCCUGUGUCGGGAGCAGCCUUCAUCCAUCGUGCACCGCUACAUGAGCAUCACCUCAGAGCGGAGCGUGCCGGCAGAUGUGUUCCAGAUUCAGGCGACCUCUGUCUACCCUGGCGCCUACAAUGCCUUUCAGAUUCGUGCUGGAAACUCACAGGGGGACUUCUACAUUAGGCAAAUCAACAACGUCAGCGCCAUGCUGGUCCUCGCCCGGCCAGUGACGGGCCCCCGGGAGUACGUGCUGGACCUGGAGAUGGUCACCAUGAACUCCCUCAUGAGCUACCGGGCCAGCUCUGUACUGAGACUCACCAUCUUCGUGGGGGCCUACACCUUCUGAGGGGAGGGACCUGCAGCGAGGGAGAAGGAGGAGCUACCCUCCCUGCAGCUCCCUGUAGCCAAGGAGCUUGGGACUCAGGAAUGACUGUUCUGCUAAAAGGGAGAUAUUGUGAAGGGCAGAAAGAGAAAGGCAAUAAAGGGAGAAAGAAGGAGUCCUGGUGGCUGAGGUGGUGGGUAACCUCAGCCUGGAGGAGGGGCUGGGCUUAUGGGAGGCAGGCCAAGCCUACCUAAAGGGGGAUGGGGGCUCUGUGUUCAGGCUGAGGGGCUCCACUGAUGGGAGCUGGGAACUCUGUCACAGGCUUCAGUCACCCUGAGGGAGGAGAAGGUAAUAAGGCAUGCAGAUCCUGGGCCCCAGCUGAGUUUUAGAUCUGGCUGAGAAACCCUGGUCCAGACAGUAACAGAAUGCCCAGGGUUCCAGUCCUAGCUGUGCCUCAAAUUAGGUAUGGAACAAGUCCUAGGUAGCUUCCUGGGCAUGUUUUCUAAUCUAUAAAAUUAGGCAACCA